GCAGGCGAGCGAACCGACCAGUUUCCCCGCCAAAUUCUCAGCCAUAACGGACUCCGGUGAGAAGCUUCAAGGAGAGAUUGACAAUGGAGGAAAGUGUGAGGGAAAUCGAAAUCAAAACUCUAACCGGAGAAUCCUUGACCGUUUCCAUCUCCGGCAACAGAACAAUUGACGACCUCAAACUUCUACUCAGGCGGAAUUUCCCCUCCGCAACCAUUUCCCCCAAUUUUCACCUCUUUUUCAAGGGUACUAAAUUGAAACCCCAGAGUCAAAUUAGUGCGUGUCGUAUUGACCAUGGCGAAUUUCUAGUUCUCAUUCCAUUUAAUAAAAAGGAGUCUUCCAAGUCUCGGCUACGUGAUCAAUAUGAACAAGGGUCUAGUGUUUCGUGCGGAAGCUCAAUUUCUCAAUUCGCUGAUUCUGCGUGGUCCGAUAUGGUGCAGGAUUUAUCGUAUUUACAUGGCUGUUCUGAUGAAAGGAGGGAGGAAAAUCGCCCUGAGAGUGAGAGAGGGAGUUCCGAAGUCGGAGGUGUGGAUGCUGAAUUGGUAGCGACAUGUAGUACUAGUUCUUUUAGUUCGAAAUCAAAAGGAAAAAAGGGUUUUGCUUAUGAUGACUUGAAAGGAAAUUUAGAUGAUGUUUUGAGGAAAUUUUCAUCGUCUCCUUCCGAGGGGUUUCUAAACGAACAAACCUGUGAAAGCUUUAUUAAGUAUUUGGAGUCGGUGGAUUGUUUGUCGGACCCACGUAAUGGGAAUUGUAUGUUAGCAAAACAGGCUAAUUCACGAAGUGGUAACAAAAGAGCUCCAAAUAGCACAUGUGGUUCUUCAUGUCUAUGUCCAGUAUGGUUGAAGAAGACAAUGAAGGCAUUUUCUUUCUUAAAUGUUUUUGCAAUGUUUCUUCAAUUACAAGAGGAAAUUAUGACUGUAAGUCGAUUGGAGCAAGCAAUGGACCAGCUGCGGAAACGUGGAAUUACGCUUUGUAUGGAGGACAUACAGAAUCUCUCUCUUCUAUGUCCCAAGGCAGUACAUUUUGCAAGUGGCAGAUCGGAAGAUACUUGUGUUGAUAGGCUUAUCAUUAUUAUUUAUUUGACUGAAAAAAAUGGUCGAUGGAAAGAUGACAUUGACAAUACUGUUACUUCACAUCGUUGCUGUACAUCAUGUAAAUCGUUCACAGCACCUACGAAUGUCACUCCACUGAAGAGACGGGAAAGAUCCUUUAAAUUUUAUCUUUUGGAGGCUAUCAAGUGCCAUAUGCUUAAACAUGGAAGCAGAAGAGAGAUAUGUGUGCCUUUUUCUUUGGAAGCUUUAAUCACACCAAAUGAGACCGAUGUGGAUGGAAGUGAAGCAAAGAGGGGAAAAAAAUGUGAUACGGCUUCUAGUUCUCAAUCAGACCGAAGACAAUGUCAUGACACUUCAAAACUCUUGCCUGAGAAAAUGGUUGAACAUCUUGAAAAGGGUGUUGGAUCUGAGGGCCAGAUAGUGCAUGUUGAAGAUAUUGGGGCUAGGAAAGCCAAUUAUGUGGAAAUUCCGAAGGAACUCUCAAAUAAUGUUGUAUCAGCACUCAAAUGUAUUGGAGUAGCAAACUUGUAUAGCCAUCAGGCACAGUCAAUAGAAGCCUCCCUCGCUGGAAAGCAUGUUGCUGUUGCCACAAUGACGUCAAGUGGAAAAUCUCUGUGCUAUAACUUGCCAGUUCUUGAAGCAAUGUCUCAAAAUGUCUCAUCAUGUGCUCUUUACUUAUUUCCAACUAAGGCCUUAGCUCAAGAUCAACUCAGAAGCUUGCUCAUCAUGAUGAAAGGAUUUAAUCAUAACCUUAACAUUGGCGUUUAUGAUGGGGAUACAUCACAGGCUGACAGGAUAUUGUUGCGUGAUAAUGCUAGGCUGUUAAUCACAAAUCCAGAUAUGCUACAUGUAUCAAUCCUGCCACACCACAGACAAUUUAGUAGAAUAUUAUCAAAUCUUCGGUUUAUAGUCAUUGACGAGGCUCAUACUUAUAAGGGAGCAUUUGGAUGUCAUACCGCACUAAUACUACGGAGACUUCGCCGACUAUGCUCUCACGUGUAUGGAAGUGAUCCUUCUUUUAUAUUCUGCACAGCAACCUCUGCAAAUCCCCGUGAACAUUGUAUGGAACUUGGAAAUCUGUCAAGCUUAGAGCUGAUUGAAAACGAUGGAAGUCCGUCUGCCAGAAAACUUUUCAUCCUCUGGAAUCCUAUUAUGGCCUUGAAAAAUUAUCAGAGAGGUAUUGAUUCUCCGCAGAGUACAAAAAAGAACAUGACAGUUAGAAAUCCAAGCCCAAUUAUGGACAUUGCGAGGCUUUUUGCAGAAAUGGUUCUGCAUGGACUUCGCUGCAUUGCUUUUUGUAAAACUCGUAAACUUUGUGAACUCGUUUUAUGCUACACGCGUGAAAUUCUCAAGGAGAGUGCACCCCAUCUGGUUCAGUCUGUGUGUGCUUAUCGUGCUGGAUACACUGCUGAGGAUAGGAGGAGAAUUGAGAGUGACUUUUUUGGGGGAAACCUUUGUGGCGUUGCUGCGACAAAUGCCCUUGAAUUGGGUAUUGAUGUAGGCCAUAUUGAUGCAACUCUGCAUCUGGGUUUUCCUGGCAGUAUUGCCAGCUUGUGGCAACAAGCAGGCAGGGCAGGAAGGAGAGAAAAGACUUCUCUUUCUGUGUAUGUUGCAUUUGAAGGGCCUCUUGACCAAUAUUUCGUGAAACACCCUGAAAAACUUUUUGGGAGCCCAAUUGAGUGCUGCCAUAUUGAUGCUAAAAACCAACAGGUUCUUGAACAGCAUUUGUUGUGUGCUGCAUAUGAACACCCAGUAUGUGUGGCUUAUGAUCAGAAUUUUUUUGGUCCUGGCUUAAACACUGCCCUAAUGUCUCUGAAAAAUAGAGGGGAUUUGAUUGCUGAGUCAUCAUGUGGUUCAUCCAAAAGUAUAUGGAACUAUAUUGGGCAAGAGAAAAUGCCUUCCCGCUCAGUUAGUAUCCGAGCCAUUGAAGCAGAGAGAUAUAAAGUUGUAGACCAGCGUCAAAAUGAAAUUCUCGAAGAGAUUGAGGAAAGCAAGGCUUUCUUUCAGGUGACUGCUGCUUCGGUAUAUGAAGGUGCUGUCUACAUGCAUCAAGGGCGAACAUAUCUUGUCAAAAGCUUGAAUUUGUCGACUAUGCUUGCUUUCUGUGAAGAAGCUGAUCUAAAAUAUUACACAAAAACACGCGAUUACACUGACAUUCAUGUUAUUGAUGGUAAUUUGGCCUAUCCAAGGAGAGCUCCAAAUAUUCCGCCCUCAAAGACAACUGCACAAGCAAAUGAUUGUAGAGUUACCACCACUUGGUUUGGUUUCUAUCAAAUACAGAAAGGAAGUAAUCAAAUUAUUGACACCCUGAACCUCUCACUUCCAAAAUAUUCAUACAACUCUCAGGCAGUCUGGGUUCCAGUACCACAAUCAAUAAAAGAAGAGGUGAAAAGGAAAAACUUUGACUUUCGUGCAGGCUUGCAUGCUGCUUCACAUGCUCUUCUGAAUGUAGUGCCAUUACGCAUAAUAUGCAACAUGUCAGACUUGGCUCCUGAAUGUGCAAAUCCUCAUGAUACUCGCUAUUUUCCAGAAAGAAUUCUGUUGUAUGAUCAACAUCCUGGAGGAACUGGUCUGUCACUACAGAUUCAACCCGUUUUCAUAGAGCUGUUGAACGCUGCUUUUGAACUUCUCACCUCUUGCCGCUGCUUAGGAGAGACCGGCUGCCCUAAUUGUGUCCAAAGUCUGACCUGCCACGAAUACAAUGAGGUUUUACACAAGGAUGCAGCCAGUUUAAUUAUCAAGGGCGUUCUGGAUGCAGAGAAAGCAUAUUGCAGGUAAAGUCUUGAAUGCAUGAAUCAGAGAGUGAACUACUCAGACUUAGAUUAAACUUAUCUUUUGAUGUCAGGAAUUAGAAGAAAAUAUUCCCCAUAAUUCUAAACGUGAGAGGUUCAACUAUAAUCUGGACACGAAAUAUAAUCUGCCUCCGUCAGGUGAACUAGUUUUCUUAUUUGUUCUUUAGAGGUCUUUUGCUUCAAGGAGGAAGCAUUGACAAUUAACUAAAGAUAAUGGUUAAUUUUGAGAAUUAUCUUUAAAAUUCAGAUAUGGAAUGCCUUUUUUCUUUCUAAUUUUUAGAUAGGGUUGAGAUUCUAUGUAUAAUGUUAUGAAAUCUCAUUUUUAUUUUAAGGCAUGUUUACUCCCUCUUACAACCGGUUGUAAGUUUGAAUCUCAUCUUUUAUAUGAUCUAAUAUUCUUUAGAGAAAAAAGAGAAAAAAGAACCUUCUAACAUAGGAUGGUGAAAAUAGAGUAAAAGAGGGUCAGUUAUUGGUUUGGAAAAACUAAUUAUUUAUCCUUUUAACAGCUUUAGACUAUUUGUUAUAUUAAUAAUGAGAUGGAAAUGGUCUUAAGCAUUCGGUAAUGGAUUGAUUUCCAUUCAGUUUACAUGUGCUUAUGUUUGUAGUUUUAACAUUUACUUGAGGGGUACCAAACAUAAUAUUGGUGUAUACUUGUGAAUGGUUGGUUAAGGGAGAUGCUUGUCCUUAUUUUAGCGUAUGAAAUGAAGUUCAUUAAAAUAUAAUUGAAUUGGUGCUUGAAUUAUUACACAAAGUCGUCCCCAUUAAAUUUGCUGCCAUGCUUAUGAAUAGCCCUAUAGAGAAGGUGCUGGCUGAAAUAGCUUUUACUGUGCUGGCGAGUGGCGACAGCGCACCCUCUGGCCGCCAACUGAGCCCGUCAGCGCUGCGCCAUUGACUUUUGAAUUGUGAUAGGCGUUUGAACAACCUCCUUCAGAACAUUAUUGAACUUGCGAUGAGACAAAGUGAUUCACAGGUUGGUCGACUAUUUCAAACAUAAAUUGCAGGACUAUUGUAUCACAUUUCCGAUUAUUUAGUCUCGAUGGUUCAAACAAUUCAUUAUUUGAACUUUUGAUCUCUGGGUCGAAAGCAUGUCCUCAACUGGUAGGAUAACUUGAGAUGUUAGGUUUCUAUAUUUUUAGCAUAUAUGAAAAUUGUGCUUCAAUUGGGAGUAAAUUUUUGUAGUUCAACAGCUUGAGGGCCACUACUUUGUUUCUUACAUGGCGAGGUUGUACCAACCCAACCAACUGCUAAUAUUAUAACGUCUUAGCUUCUUGCUACUUGACACAGAUUAAA